AUGGAUCAAGGAAACCAAGGAGAGCUUAACUGGCGUUUAAGCUCCCAUCCGAUCACGCUACUUGUCUUCUUAGGCAUCCGCAUUGGUGCUUUGAUGAUGUACCUCUUCGGCCUUCUUUUCAUCGAGAAUUUCGUCCUCGUCUUCAUCUUGACAUUACUCCUCCUCUCGGCCGACUUUUACUAUCUAAAGAAUAUUGCUGGGCGUCGACUGGUUGGCCUACGAUGGUGGAACGAAGUCAACACAGCCUCCGGUGACUCGCACUGGGUCUUCGAGUCGUCCGACCCGAAUGUGCGCACAAUCACAGCUACCGACAAACGUUUCUUCUGGCUAAGUCUAUAUGUGACACCGGCUCUGUGGGUGGGAUUGGCUAUCUUGGCGAUUGUGAGACUAGUCGGUGUGAUUUGGCUCAGUUUAGUUGGCAUUGCCCUUAUUCUGACUAUCACAAAUACCGUGGCUUUCUCUCGAUGUGAUAAGUUCAGCCAGGCUUCCACUUUCGCCAACAGCGCUCUUGGAGGUGGCAUUGUGAACAAUCUAGCUGGUGGCCUGCUGGGCAGGUUCUUUCGGUGA